CAGACCCGGGCCAGACCUGCUCCAGUCCCGGUUUAGUCCCGGUUUAGUCCCGGUUUAGACCCGGUUUGAGUCUUGUUUUAGAUCGUUCCAGAGCCGGGUUUGGACCAGGACCAUGAAAACUCUCAUUUUCCUGCUCAUUGGACUCAGCUGCUGCUCUGCACAUGAUGUGUUCCUUCGGGGCCAGCAGGCGGCGCAAGUGCUGCAGCGCAACAAACGAGCGAAUCAGCUGUUUGAGGAGGUGAAACCAGGAAACCUGGAGAGGGAGUGUCUGGAGGAGAUCUGUGACCAUGAAGAAGCCAGAGAAGUGUUCGAGCAAACAGACGCCACGGAAAAGUUCUGGACCAAUUACUUAGACUGUAAAGGCACGGAGCUGCAGAGGGACACCAAGAACAUCGGGCUGGUGCGCUCCUGUCUGGGCGGUGAGUGUGUGUUCGGGAAAGGACUGAAUUAUGGAGGAAACAUGAACAUCACCAAAUCAGGACGAGUCUGUCAACGCUGGAGCGCCUCCUACCCCCACCCCAUCAUGAGGGAGUUUAACGUGAGUGAGGUUCCUCAGCUUCAGGAGAACUUCUGCAGGAACCCGAACCUCCAGAACGAACCCUGGUGUUUCACCAAAGACCCCACAGUCCAGAAAGAAGCCUGCGCAGUGCCCCAGUGUGGUGAGGCGUUCGUUCCUCCCGCUCUGAUGCAGGAGCCGGUGCAGUCGGUUGAUUGUUUGUUGAAUCAGGGGGUGGAGUACUCCGGGUCCCUGUCCGUCACUCUGGGGGGUCAUACGUGUUUGUCGUGGGACAAUCCCGUGGUCCGGACCCUCAGCGCCGACAAAGAGUUUCUCCCUCAAGUCCGACUGGUCCAGAACCACUGCAGGAACCCGGACCAGGACCCCGAGGGCCCCUGGUGCUACGUCCAGAAGAACGGCAACGUCACCGUGGAUUACUGCGACCUGCAACUCUGUGAGGACCUUCUGACAGCUGUAAAUGUGGAGCAGAGUUCUGGGCGAGAACGUUCGGUUCUGAAGGACACGAGAAGAAACCUGUUCAACCCACGAAGCUUCGGCCUCGGAGAGAGCGAGUGCGGACGGCGCCCUCUGUUUGAGUCUCAGGGGGUGAAGGAUCAGAAGGAGGAGGAGCUUGUGGCUUCGUACAUCGGCGGACGCAUCGUGGGCGGGAUCGACGCCGAGGUCGCCUCAGCGCCAUGGCAGGUGAUGCUGUAUAAGCGCAGUCCUCAGGAGCUGCUGUGUGGGGCGAGUCUCAUCAGUGACCAGUGGAUCCUGACGGCUGCUCACUGCAUCCUGUACCCGCCCUGGAACAAGAACUUCACCAUCAACGACCUGCUCGUCAGGCUGGGCAAGCACAACCGCGCCAAGUUCGAGCGCGGCGUGGAGCGGAUCGUUGCCAUCGACAACAUCAUCGUUCAUCCCAAAUACAACUGGAAAGAAAAUCUGAACCGAGACAUCGCCCUGCUCCACAUGAAGAGACCCAUCACCUUCUCCGACAACAUCCACCCCGUGUGUCUGCCCAGCAAGGCCGUGGCCCGCGCGCUCAUGUCGGAGGGGUAUAAGGGCAGGGUGACGGGUUGGGGGAACCUGAAGGAGACGUGGAACCCGGCGGCGAGGAACCUGCCCACGGUCCUGCAGCAGAUCCACCUGCCCAUCGUGGACCAGAACACCUGCAGAGCCUCCACCUCGGUCCGGAUCACGGACAACAUGUUCUGUGCAGGGUUUAAGCCUGAGGACACAGAGAGGGGAGACGCGUGUGAGGGCGACAGUGGAGGCCCCUUCACCAUGAAGUACCCGCCUGAGAAUCGCUGGUAUCAGAUGGGCAUCGUGUCGUGGGGCGAGGGCUGCGACCGCGACGGGAAAUACGGCUUCUACACACACGUGUUCAGACUGGGACGAUGGAUCCGCAAAGUCAUCGAGAACGCCGCGUCUGACGAAGACUGAGAUACUACUAAUUACUAACACUACUACUACUACUACUACUACUAACACUACUACUGUACUGCUACUGCAAUACUACAAUAAACAUGAGAG